AAUAAUUGUUUUGGAAAUGAAAGAUUCACAGCAUGCUCCGCAGUGACACAUCAGUGCGCUGACCGUCUGAUUUGCCUAACUUCAGCCAAUCAUAAAAUGCUUGACGUCACGUGCGAGCCUCAAGCGGAGUAUGUGCUGCUGCACACCUCAAGCGUGCAGAAGGGUAACUGGAGCAUCGUUUCUCAGAGGACGAGGUGGGCUGACCUGAACUGUUUGCUACUAGACGUCAUUGAGUCACUUCUUCUUUCACUUUUUUCACACCUUCGAGCAACGAUGUCGAAUGCUCCUGUCCAGAAGGGUAGUUCUCUGACUUUGGUGUUAAUGGUUGCAUCAGCAGCCUUUGGAGGAACUCUUCAGUAUGGUUACAACCUGGCAAUCAUGAAUUCUCCCACAACUUUUAUUCAAACCUUUAUCAACGAGACAUUCCUGGAGCGCUGGGACAUCCAGCUGGAGGACUACCAGGUGACUCUGGUCUGGACUAUUAUCGUCGCAAUUUUUUCAUUGGGGGGCCUUGCGGGGGCUAUUAUCGCAGGACCAAUGACUAUACGCUUUGGGAGGAAGAAAUGCCUGUUACUGAACAACAUUUUUCUCCUGGCGGGUUCACUCUUAGCUGUUACAAGCAGAGCUGCCAAGUCUUUCGAGAUGAUCAUCAUCUCACGUGUCCUGGUUGGCAUAAAUGCUGGGAUCAGUAUGAACGUGCAGCCCAUGUAUUUUGGAGAAAGUGCACCAAAGCACUUAAGAGGAGCCGUCUCUUUGUCCUCGGCUGUUUUCACAGCAUUUGGUGUCGUGCUGGGACAGGUGGUCGGAAUAAGAGAGAUUUUGGGCAGUGAGCCGUAUUGGGAGUAUCUUCUUGCCAGUAAUGCCAUACCUGGCCUCGUACAGCUCAUGACUCUGCCGUGGUUUCCAGAGAGCCCUCGUUACCUUCUCAUUGACAGGGGAGACAAGGAGGCUUGUAUUGAUGCAUUGAGAAGGCUGCGAGGCUGUGAAGUCCAGAGCGGCGAGCUUGAAGAGAUCCUGCAGGAACAGGCUGAAACCAAAGGAAUGAGGCCCUGCGGACCCUGGGACCUCUUCACAGACCGCUCGAUGCGCUGGCAGCUCAUCUCUGUCAUGGUCAUCAGCAGCGCCAUGCAGCUCUGUGGAAAUGACUCGAUUUACUUCUAUGCUUCAUAUGUUUUCAAAGAAGCAGGGAUAUCUGCUGAUAAAAUCCAAUAUAUCACCAUCGGCACUGGGACGUGUGAAUUCACUGCCUGUAUCAUGUGUAACCUGCUGAUAGAGCGUAAAGGUCGAAGGUUCAUGCUGAUGGGAGGGUACAUCCUCAUGACCAUCUGGGCUGUUGUCUUCACGAUCGCUUUGUCUCUAGAGCACUACGUAUCCUGGAUGCCAUACCUGAGCAUGGCCUGUAUCUUCACCUAUAUUCUCAGCUUUGGCAUGGGACCAGCUGGUGUGACCGGCGUUCUUCCAACUGAGAUCUUCAAUCAGACGGCCAGGCCAGCAGCCUACAUGAUUGCUGGCUCCAUGAUGUGGCUCAACCUUUUCAUCAUUGGAAUGAUCUUUCCUUUUCUAGUGAGCGAGUUGAGUGAGUACUGCUUUGUGCCUUUCGGUGCAGUCUGCCUGCUGUCUGCGCUUUAUGUAGGCCUGUUUCUGCCAGAGACCAAGGGGAAGACUCUGUCAGCAAUCACAAGUGAAUUCCACAAGCUCAACUUCAAAGGCCAACACAAAAACUGUGAAUUGCAAACACAAGCUCAGUAUCAGCUGGGCGAAGUGUGUCAUUCUACGGCUUUGUAGACAGACUUUUUCUCCUGAAACAUCAAUCCACCAUGCUGCCUCACUUUGACCUGAACUACUUGAGCUGGAAGAAGUCAUGCAGAAAGUGACAGAAACACAGUUCAAGGUUGGUUACAGAUCACCAAAAUGUAACCUUUAAAUAGCCUACUCUUACGCUUCUGUACUGUCAUUAGACAGAAAUAAAGAAAAGUAAUGUUUUGUCAGCUGACUGUGGGAGAAAAAAAUCUAUACAGUCUAUGAGGUGAUGUGGUUUAUGAUAUUAGAUGCAUCAACAUCAUCAGCUUGGAACACAUUAUAAAAUAAAUAGUGAGCCUGGGAUAAAAAUUCUUCAGGCAAUUAUUUACAAAGGUUUUUUGGGUGGAGAAUGAGAAAUAUUUUACUGUUUUAUUUUUUGUUUGUACAGAGAAUAAAAUUAUUAUCCAUGUUAAAGGCAGGGUUUUUCAUGGCUGAUAUAUCCUCCAGUUCAGGAGGCCAACAGUCAGUGUACACUGGACUUGGUAACAACUUUGCUGUGUGAUAGAUUGUGAAUCUGUCAGAGAGAAUAUCAUUUGAGAAACAGAAAAACAAGCUGUGAGGUCAUAUUGAGCAGUGCUGCUCCCAGACUUAAAUCUUGCAUUUUUUUUAAUGAGUGGAAUAUGUGCAAUACAUGUUUUGUUGUAUGUAAUGAACUUUUAAUAGUAUUGAUCAUAUUGAUAAAAAAUGUGCCUUUCUCAUAUUAAACUGUAAUAAAGUCAUAUUGAGUAAAAUGUUUGUAUUUUUUUUAUUAUUUUAAUUACUCAUUGUUAUUACUUAGAGGAAAAAUCAGCAAAGAUGUCAGAGGUACAACUUUGUCCACAGGGUUGCAAAAUUUGACACAAAUCUGUGUAAUCUCAAAAACGGGGUCAAACUUUACAGUCAUUACACAGUGUGAUAUUAUACAGUUCCUGAAGUUUCCAAAAAAAAGAUGCCAACUUUGGCAUUGUUGAGUACAACAACAAAACAAUGUUAAAAAUGAAAACUUGUAUUGUUUCAUGAAAAAAAAAGUAGCUAAUUUUAAAUUUGAUGCCACGAAACAGUUUCAGACAGGGACAUGGUUACCAUUGUGUCAAAUCAAUUCUCAUUUUAACAACACUGUAAAUGUUUGGGAAACCAAGGAGACCAGUUACUGGAGUCUUGAAAGUGAAAUGUUCCAUUCUUGCCUA